UAGAAAGUUUAUCAAUGAAACAUGGAUGGAGCGACAUGGCGCCCCCCUCCCUCAGGAGACCAUCCUUUUAAUGUGGUCCUUCAUUGUCUCCAUCUACGGCCUCGGAGGACUCGUGGGAAGCGUUUGCUGUGGGUACCUGACGGCAAAAUACAGGAAAAAGAAGUGCCAGAUGCUCACCAACGUGAUCCUGCUGGUGGCUGCCCUGAUCAUGGGCUUCAGCAAGAGGGCCGGGUCCUUUGAGAUGGUCUUCCUCGGGCGCCUCCUCUAUGGCGUUGGCACCGGAUUUGCUUUGAACAUCCACCCUCAAUACGUGGGAGAGAUUUCGCCCAAGAAACUGCGGGGAUUCACAAACGCCACAGUGGCUGUUUUCUUGACCCUGGGGAAAGUCUGCGGACAAGUGAUUGGACUCGGGGAAAUCUUAGGCAGCGAGCCCUUCUGGCCAUUCCUGCUGGCCUUCGGUGGACUCAUGGCCUUGAUCCAGCUCGCCGUGCUCCCUUGCUUUCCGGAUUCCCCCUCUUACCUCCUGAUACAGAAAGGCAACGAGGAAGCUUUCCUGAAAGCCAUCAAGCAGCUCUGGGGGGAGGGGGACCAUCGGGCUGAGAUCGAGGACCUGAAGAAGGAGAAGGCGGCCGUGGCCAGCCCCAAAAGCCUCCGCGUCCUUGAAGUGCUGAGGAGCCGAUCCAUGCGCUGGCAGCUGUACGUGACCAUCACGGUCAUAACCACCUUGCAGCUCUGUGGCAUCAAUGCAAUCUACUUCUACUCUUUCGAGGUCUUCCGCACGGCCCAGUUUGAGGAAGGGCUCCUUCCGUACCUGGCACUGGGAGUCGGGCUCUGCGAAUGCCUGUCGUCCGUCUUGUGCAGUUCCCUGAUUGAGCGCCUGGGCCGGCGGACCCUGCUCUGGGGCGGCUACGCCUCCAUGGUCUUGGUGCUGGCUCUGCUCACAGUGACCCUCUCGCUCCAGCACCACUACUUUUGGAUGCACUACGCCAGCGUGGGGCUCAUCUUCCUCUUCGUCCUCUUUUAUGGGAUCGGGCCCUCCGGAGCCACCAUUUCUGUCAUGGUGGAGAUCUUCAACCAGACCUUCCGCCCGUCUGCCUUCGUGAUCGUGGGCAUCCUCAACUGGAUGGGCCUCUUUCUGCUCGGGAUGAUUUUCCCAGUCAUCGUGGAGCACCUUGGGCCCUUCUGCUUCCUGAUCUUCAUGGCUAUUCUCGCCGUUUCGGGCGUCUUCAUCUACCUGUUCCUCCCAGAGACAAAAGGGAAAUCCAUCAUGGAAAUUACGAUGGAGUUUAACAAGCUAAAUUAUGGAAAGAAACAAGUUUUCCCCACAGAAAAUAAUUUCCUGAAGGAAACGGUCUUCUGCACCAGGCUGUGAUUCCUUGGCUUGGGGGGAACUCUUGGGGGCCGCUGGUUGUGCCACCCAGAGCAACCCAAGGACAGGCACUCCGUCCUGGACAGACUCUCCACCCUCCCUCGGUGACCCCUCCAGCAGAGAACAUGCCACCCACGCCUGCCCAGGCCCUGCUGGAGGCUCCUGCCCGAGCAAGAGGGUGCAGCCCCAGGCAAGGGACGCUGGCCGGCCGACGGGGAAUAAAUGUUCACCGUAUUUGCCCUCUGAUGUGUGUGUGUGUGUGGGGAACGACUUCCCCAUGGAUCUAGCCCUUUCUGGGUGGCUGCGGCGGUGGGAGGAGGGGAGAGACAUGACCCACCACCGCUGGGUUAGGGGGCUUGGGCGGAAGGGUGGCACAGCCAUUAGACUGUGGAUGCAGCUCAGGAGACCCCACAGUUGCUGUGAUCAGAAGUUCCUUCCUGAAAACUUUCCUUUUGUCACCCUGUGGAGCCAGCCUGCCAGGUAAGCGGCCCAGGUGUUGUCUGU